GGAAAGAACAAUACUUUUCUGAAAAGGGACUCUGGAUUUUUACCUUGUUCAAGAUACUUUAUAUGGCUUCACCCAGCAACUACUCCACUGCUCCAGUCUCUGAAUUCCUCCUCAUCUGCUUCCCUAACUACCAGAGUUGGCAGCACUGGCUGUCCCUGCCCCUCAGCCUGCUCUUCCUCCUGGCCAUGGGGGCCAACGCCACCCUGCUGAUCACCAUCAGGCUGGAGGCCUCUCUCCAUGAGCCCAUGUACUACCUGCUCAGCCUCCUCUCCCUGUUGGACAUGGUGCUCUGCCUGACCGUCAUCCCCAAGGUCCUGGCCAUCUUCUGGUUUGACCUCAGGUCCAUCAGCUUCUCAGCCUGCUUCCUCCAGAUUUUCACAGCCUGCUUCCUCCAGAUGUUCAUCAUGAAUAGUUUCCUGACCAUGGAGUCCUGCACAUUCAUGGUCAUGGCCUAUGACCGCUAUGUGGCCAUCUGUCACCCACUACGAUACCCAUCCAUAAUCACUGACCAAUUUGUGGUUAGGGCUGCCAUCUUUGUUGUGGCUCGGAAUGGCCUUCUUACUAUGCCUAUCCCCGUACUUUCUUCCCGGCUCAGAUACUGUGCAGAGAACAUCAUCAAGAACUGUAUCUGCACUAACCUAUCUGUGUCCAAACUCUCCUGUGAUGACAUCACCUUCAAUCAGCUCUACCAGUUUGUGGCAGGUUGGACUCUACUGGGGUCUGAUCUCAUCCUAAUUGUUCUCUCCUACUCCUUCAUCCUGAAAGCUGUGCUCAGGAUCAAGGCUGAGGGUGCUAUGACCAAAGCUCUAGGCACAUGUGGUUCCCACUUCAUCCUCAUCCUCUUCUUCAGCACAGUCCUGCUGGUUCUGGUCAUCACCAACCUGGCCAGGAAGAAGAUUCCCCCAGAUGUCCCCAUCCUGCUCAACAUCUUGCACCACCUCAUCCCCCCAGCUCUGAACCCCAUUGUUUACGGUGUGAGAACCAAGGAGAUCAAGCAGGGAAUCCAGAAGCUGCUGAGAAGGUUGUAA